AUGCAACACCGCUUGCGCUACGACGAUGUCGCCUGGGAGAAAAGCGAAGCCAUUGCCGACGAAUGGGUUCGCCAGUUUCUCGAGCCCGAGAUAAUCAAGUCCGUUGGAAAUUUCCUGAUCAGCCACCAUCGCCCUGGGGAGGCCAGUGUAUUCAGUUUUCUGGAGAAAGGCGCCUACAACAUCUCCUUCCAGAUGGAGUACAAAAACGCAAGGACCGCCGUUAUCCGCCUCCCCCUGCCCGGUGCUACCAUGUUUCCUGAAGAGAAAGUGUGCAAUGAGGUCGCGGCGAUGCGAUAUAUCUACGACCAGACUUCGAUUCCUGUGCCUUUUGUGCACCACUACGCGACCAGGAAGGAGAGUCCGUUGGAGUUGGGACCGGCCAUCAUCAUGGAUUAUAUUGAGCAUGCUACACGCAUGUAUGAUGCUCUGAAUACGCCUGAAUGCCUGAAAGAAGAUCGCGGCACUCUCGACCCAAAUAUCAGUGAAGCAAAAUUAGAGGCUCUUUAUUCGGAAGUUGCAAGUAUCCUUCUUCAGCUUUCUCGACCAUCUCUACCUCGGAUAGGGUCACUCAACCAAGUUGAUGAUUUCACCUGGGAAGUGACAAAAAGGCCUUUAUCAAUGCCCAUGAACAGUCUAAUUCGACUGGGAUCUUUGCCUCAGUCGAAGCUACCAGCCACGACCUUUACCACCACGUCCUCAUACAUGGAAGCGCUAGCAGAACUCCACAUCUCUCGCCUCAUAAACCAGCGCAACGAUGCAGUCGACUCGGCCGAAGACUGUCGGCGCAAGCUCGUUGCUCGCUUUCUGUUCCGUAAACUCGCCAGAGAACACUGCUUAACGGCACAGUGGGCGGCGUUCGAUAAAGGCCCCUUCCAACUGUGGUGCGACGACCUCCGCCCAGCCAACAUCCUUCUGGAUGAGGAGGGGAAAAUUUUUGGCGUGGUAGACUGGGAAUUCACGUAUGCCGCCCCGGUUGGAUUCUCCUUUGCACCACCGUGGUGGCUUCUGAUUGAGAUGCCCGAGUACUGGCCUCAAGGCCUUGAUGAUUGGUGUGUCGAGUGUGAACGGCGUCUUCAGACCUUUCUCCGCGCUAUGAGAUACCAGGAGGACAAGGCGAUUAAGGAGGGGCGGCUAAGGGAUGCGCAGCCGCUCUCUGCUCCGAUGCAAGAUAGCUGGAAGAGUGGAGACUUUUGGGUUGCGUAUGCGGCAAGGAAUAACUUUGCAUUUGACUUGGUGUAUUGGCACAAGAUCGAUCAGCGAUUCUUUGGGAAGACCUCUACUCCCGUUGACGAUGUUUGGCAACAGACUCGAUUUAUUCGAGCCUGGGGAAAGGGCUGA